AUGCACGGGGAUCCGGACGUGGCCAGAGCUUGCUACCUGGCCGUACUGCGGGAACAGGAGAAGGUGGUGGCCCAGACGACCUGCUUGGAACCCUACAUCCCAGGGGACGAGGCUCGGCAGCUAAGCACUCCGAACGAGAUCGAGGAGUUCCCCCUGAGGGAGGACCGGCCCGACCAGGUCCUCCGCAUCGGGGCACGGUUACCCACCGAGGAGAAGAAAGGUUUGAAGGCCCUGUUGAGAGAGUACUCCCAGGGGUACCAUCAGAUCGAGAUGGCCGAGGAAGACCGGGAGAAGACCUCCUUCGUUACCGAAGAGGGAACCUACUGCUACCGGACCAUGCCGUUCGGCCUAAAGAAUGCUGGGGCUACCUACCAGCGCCUGGUCAACAAACUGUUUCAGAAUCAGAUCGGCAGGAGCAUGGAGGUCUACGUGGAUGACAUGAUCGUCAAGAGCCGAACCGAUCCACAGCUCAUCCCCGACCUGAGGGAGGUCCUGAAUAUCCUACGGGAGAGCAGGAUGCGGUUGAACCCAAAGAAAUGCACCUUUGGGGUCAGGUCGGGGAGAUUCCUGGGGUUCCUGGUGUCCCGCGAAGGGAUCCGGGCCAAUCCGGACAAACUCCAGGCCAUAAUGGACAUGGCCCCUCCGAGGAAUGUGAAGGAGGAAUGCCAGAAGGCCUUCGCCGAGCUAAAAGCGUACCUGACCGAGCUACCCACUUUGACCGCCCCGGACCAGGGGGAGACUCUGUUCCUUUAUCUGUCCGCCUGCAACGAGGCCGUCAGCGCGGUCUUGGUGCGGGAGGACAGGGGGGCUCAGAGACCGGUGUACUACGUUAGUCGCGCUCUACAAGGGCCAGAGACGAGGUACACACCGGCGGAAAAGUUGAUCCUCGCCUUGGUGCACGCUGCUCGCAAGCUCCGCCCCUACUUCCAGGCUCACAGCAUUGUAGUCCUGACCGACCAGCCCCUGCAUCAGAUACUCACCAAGCCAGAGGUCUCGGGCAGGAUGACCAAGUGGGCCGUCAAGCUGACCGAGCACGAUCUUAGUUAUCAGCCUCGCACCGCGAUCAAGGUUCAAGCCUUGGCGGACUUCCUUGCUGAGGGGGCUAGCUUGACCCUGACCGAGUUAGUCCCAACACCCACGGACGCCCCGACAGAGGACCCGUGGGUGCUGUUCGUGGACGGCGCCUCGAGCAAGGAAGGGAGCGGAGCUGGCCUGCUGCUCACCUCACCCAUCGGAGAAGAGCUGACCUAUGCGCUUAGGUUCGAUUUCCCGGCAUCCAACAACGAGGCGGAGUACGAGGCCCUAUUGACGGGGUUACGGAUAGCCCACCAGAUGAGCAUCACCACGAUCAGAGUUCGGAGCGACUCUCAGCUCGUCGUCCUCCAGGUCCGCGGGGAGUACGAAGCCAAGGACGAGAUUAUGAAGAAAUACCUGGCUAAGGUCCGAGAGGCAGUGGCCUCGUUCGGAACCUUUGAAAUCGAGCGGGUGCCGAGGUCCCAGAACAAGCGUGCAGACGCCCUUUCGAAGCUGGCGUCCUCCUCAUUUGCCCAUCUGAGCAAGCAAGUCUUGGUAGAGGUGGUGAAGCAGAAAAGUAUCGACCAGAUCCAGGUCCUGGCUAUAGACAGCUCGGCCACCUGGAUGACUCCCCUCGUUAACUUCCUCAGCUCGGGUGCCCUCCCUGAGAACAAAAUCGAGGCUCGCCGAGUCCAGCUCAGAGCUGCCAAAUACGCCUACGUUAGGGGAACCCUCUACAGGAGGUCGUACUUAUCCCCCUGGCUAAAAUGCGUGACUCCCGAGGAAGGUGAUCACGUUCUGCGCGAAAUCCAUGAGGGUAUAUGCGCGGCGCAUGUGGGGUCCCGGGUGUUGGCCAAAAAGUGCCUCCUCUUGGGCUACUAA